GUGCGGGCGGGCGGGAUGUGGCGCCUGGUGCCCCCGAAGCUGGGCCGCCUGUCCCGCUCGCUGAAGCUGGCGGCGCUGGGCAGCCUGUUGGUGCUGAUGGUCCUGCACUCGCCGUCGCUGCUCGCCUCCUGGCAGCGCAACGAGCUGACCGACCGGCGCUUCCUGCAGCUCAAUAAGUGCCCGGCUUGCUUCGGCACGAGCUGGUGCCGCCGCUUCCUCAACGGGCAGGUGGUGUUCGAGGCGUGGGGCCGCCUGCGCCUGCUGGACUUCCUCAACGUGAAGAACGUCUACUUCGCGCAGUACGGCGAACCCCGCGAGGGCGGCCGCCGCCGAGUGGUGCUCAAGCGCCUGGGCUCGCAGCGCGAGCUGGCGCAGCUCGACCAGAGCAUCUGCAAGCGGGCUACCGGCCGGCCCCGCUGCGACCUGCUGCAGGCCAUGCCCCGGACCGAGUUCGCGCGCCUCAACGGCGACGUGCGCCUGCUCACGCCCGAGGCGGUGGAGGGCUGGUCGGACCUGGUGCACUGCCCCUCGCAGCGCCUGCUCGACCGCCUGGUGCGCCGCUACGCCGAGACCAAGGACUCGGGCAGCUUCCUGCUGCGCAACCUCAAGGACUCGGAACGCAUGCAGCUGCUGCUGACCCUGGCCUUCAACCCGGAGCCGCUGGUGCUACAGAGCUUCCCAUCUGAUGAAGGUUGGCCAUUUGCAAAGUAUCUUGGAGCUUGUGGAAGAAUGGUGGCUGUAAAUUAUGUUGGAGAAGAACUGUGGAGUUACUUUAAUGCACCAUGGGAAAAAAGAGUUGACCUUGCUUGGCAGUUAAUGGAAAUAGCAGAGCAGCUUACAAACAAUGACUUUGAAUUUGCGCUAUACCUCCUGGACGUCAGCUUUGAUAAUUUUGCAGUUGGUCCUAGAGAUGGGAAGGUAAUCAUUGUGGAUGCUGAAAAUGUUUUGGUUGCUGACAAAAGAUUAAUUAGACAAAAUAAACCUGAAAAUUGGGAUGUGUGGUAUGAAAGCAAAUUUGAUGACUGUGAUAAAGAGGCUUGCCUAUCAUUUUCAAAAGAAAUCCUCUGUGCUCGUGCCACUGUGGACCACAAUUAUUAUGCUGUUUGUCAGAACCUCUUAUCCAGACAUGCCACCUGGCGUGGCACUUCUGGAGGGCUCCUUCAUGAUCCACCAAGCGAAAUUGCCAAAGAUGGCCGACUCGAGGCCUUGCUGGAUGAGUGCGCCAACCCAAAGAAGCGCUACGGCAGAUUCCAGGCUGCAAAAGAACUGCGUGAAUAUCUAGCACAACUAAGUAACAACGUGAGGUAGUCCAUGGUGAACUCCCCCACCUCCCUCUCUCCAUUUAAAUAGCACUGGCUAAAACUAAACCACCAAAAACUCUCUGGAAAAACAAAAUUUGGAAGUGUUAUAAUCAGAAGAUGAAAAACUUGCACUGAUCUUAUGUUAACAUCCAUCAAAAUGAGACAUUGCUGUUCUUCAGAAAUCACAUGAUGCUUUUGCAAAUAAGUAUGUUCUUAUACUUUAGAGACUUGAGAUAUUAUUGACUGCUUUGCCGCCCCAUCCCCCCUCCACAAUGCCUGAGUGAAUUAAUGAGUGUUGUUAAGCUAUUGGAAAUAAGUCUGAUAGUUACAUUGGCUUGUGUAUCAAAGGGUACUUGGUACUUAGUUUGCAUUACUAUCAUGAUUUUGUGAAUCUCUUGCAUUUACUAUUAAUAUCAAGUUAGAUUGGCCUGUUUUAUAGGCCACCUUUUCCUUCUGAUGUGUAGGAGGUAUUUUCCCCCCAUGUGUUUUUUUUUUUUUUUUUUAAUUAAAUUUUACAAUAUUCAGGUUACUGCAGUUGUUCAUUUGAAUUUUGACUCGUUUUCAUUCAGUGCUAUGUGGUACAUAUUUACUGUUAGGGCAGGUUUCCCAGGUUUACUGUAUUUUUUCAGAAAGGCAAACUUUUUUAUGUAAAUAAUUUUUUCACACUUUCUGUGAUUUUCACCAUUGCAUGAUUCCAUUUCAAGUUAUUUAACAGUUACAUCCCUCUGUGCCAAUAAUUAUAAGUGAACACUGAAUAUGAAGUUUCGCAUAUGUUGCAAAAUGUCAUUUUGUCCUUUUACUAAAGAGUUUAAAAAGAAUAUACUAGCAGUCUACACCUUGAUGUUAAUUUUGGUUCAGAAAAAGAGUAUAACUCAGUAUUUUUAAAAUGCUAACUAGUCCAAGGUAGUACUGCAUUUGCCAAAGAAUAUUAGACCUAGUCCCAUAUUUAGAACUUUAAAUAGAAUUGGCCAGCUACUUAUUCUUACUGUCGUACUUCUAAUAUUUUAGCUCUGACAUUAUUAAAUACAAAUCUUCCUGGUUAUUCUUUAAUAUUGAAAGUUAAGCUACUGCUUUCAAGAAUAUAUAACUUACAGGUACGCUACUUUUUAUUCAUUGGUAGUUUUGCAAAAUUUACAUGGUAGUCAUUGUUGGAGUUUAAUCAGGCAUCCUAACCCUUUAUUUUAUUAAUGGAUUAAUAAUUUUUACUGUAAAGCAGAUGGUUUAGCUAGUCUGCCUACCUUGGUCAUCUUUAUCCAGUUGUUGAACACCAAAACAUCAAAUUUAAGUAUGUGGAUAAAAAUUAACAAAUGUACGAAAUUUGUGAACUAUUUAAAAAAUGUUUCAGUAUAUAUAUAAGUUGACUGUAUCUAACCUAGGUAAUAUUUUUCAGAUUGAAGUUAUUUUGUUUACAACAGAGUUUGGUGUAUCAUGCACUAGUUACUUCUAGACUGACCUUAUUUUAUCUAAAUCAUAGAGUGAUUGAAGUAUGCACAACCAAAGCCAAGGUUUUCUUUUUUCAUUCAUUCAACAACUAUUUAUUGAGCUUUAGCUCUGUGCCAGGCACAUUACUAGCUGCUACACACUGUCUGGAUGUGACACAUAGUUAAGUAACUUUACAAUGAUUAUCAGCUACUUUAAUGUCAGUGGAAAUAGCAUUGACUAAGAUGAUGCUUCCACUUUGUUUUACUGUUGUGAUGGGAAUUCUAUUUAUAUCAUCUAAAACUUCAGAUACUACAAAAAGAAGAUGAAAUCCAUAAAGUUAAUCCUAGUUUAAGAACUCGAAGAAAAAGGAUAAGAGCUCUCCUUUAUAAAACAGACUGUUAUGUUAGUUUUUAUGCAUUAUUACAUUGCAUAGCCCUUAAUGAGACAUUCAAGUGCUGGAAAUCUUACUAAGCUGACUUUUUACAACUUUAGAAAAUUUUUGAGGGGAGUAAGAAAUUGCUUGUCACACAUUCACCUCUUACUCAAAACUUCAAAUAAAAUACACAUUUUCAAAAUGGAGCAUCUUUUAUAUUUGAUAAGUAUUCAUUAUAAAUCUUAGAAUGCCAGUCACAGAAGAGUAGUCUAUGGUUUAGCAAACAUUUAUCUUACUUUUUGGAAGAGUGGUUGUGAUUGCAGAAUAGAAAGUGAGAAAACACUGCCAGCAGUGAUUGCUACUUGAGGUAGUUCAUUUUAUAACUACCAUUUCCCCCAUGAGAUUACGUGGAAUUUCUUUUAUCUUGGGAAAAGGUUCAGAAGAUAGUAAAAGAAUUAGGAAUUAAAAAUUACAGGGAAAAAAUAUAUGUGAAAAGCAAUAAAUAUUUUGUUCACUUUGCUAUCAAGAUGUUCACUAUCAAAUAUUUAUUAUACAGCAGCAAUUUAUAUUUUUAAUCAUUGUCCAUUAAUAGACGCAGUAAAAUAUUUUUGAAUCAGACAUUUGGGGUUUGUAUGUGCAUUAAAAUUGUCUUUUGUACUGUAAGUUACUGUUUAAUUUGAAUAUUUUAUCAGAACUGUCUCCCUGUGCCUUUAUAUUAUAAAAGUUGUUUCUACAACUUUUAAUGAUCUUAAUAAAGAAUACUUUAAGAAUCAA